AUCACAAACAAAUCAACCAAAGCAACUUCUACUCUUUCUUCUUUCGACCUUAUCAAUCUGUUGAGAAAUGGCUUCCAAAUCUAGUUUCAUGGCUACCUUCAACAUUGUGACUCUCAUGCUCAUGGUGGCUUCCUCCACAGUGACAGCUCGCCCUCUCAUGAAACCAUCCAUGGGGACGUCUUCUCCUACCACAAGCCUUGUGUACAGGCUCAAGCUUGAUGAAGAUACAGGGUACUGCUGGGACUCACUGAUGCAGCUCCAACACUGUUCUGGAGAGCUGAUCUUGUUCUUCCUCAACGGUGAGACUUACAUUGGCCCUGGGUGUUGCAGUGCUAUAAGAACCAUUGGACGCAAGUGUUGGCCUACUAUGAUUGGUGUUCUUGGUUUUACUGCUCAAGAAGGUGAUAUGCUCCAAGGUUACUGUGAUGGCAAUGACUCUGACAACAAUGGUGAAGACCAUGCUCUUGCCUCCUCAACACUGCCUCUCUCCGUGAAUUUCAAGACUACCGUUGUUAGAUCUUCUGCUUCUCCUUCUAACCCUUGAGUCUUAGUAUUCAUCUUUACACUCCUGCUAUGUUUUCUUUUGCUAAGAGAAUUUUAAUCUUUAUGUAACUGGUGACGAAUGCUUGAAAAAUAGCGUCUCUGUUAUUACUUUUGAGAAUAAAAGAUCAUCAUUACUCAC